UUAAUUUACUAUUUAAAACGACUCCCAUAAACACUUCAAAUUAUGAAAUCGGCUCUUUAAAAAAAAAAAUCGUAAAACCCACUUAAGACACCAUAUAUUAACUUUUUUAAUAAUUUAAACGUUUAAUUAACACAAAAAAAAAGUUUAAAACACUAAAUUAAAUAACCUGAAAAGUUAUGACACUAUCUAUGUAAUUUUACCCAAAAAAAAACCCACUUCCAUCAGACACAACCAUAGAAAACUCGGAUUAUGCCCGCCCGCUCCCGAAUCCGAUUCACCUCAGCCUAUUCCCUGGUGCAAUAAAACCGUAUUCUUUAACCCGCCCCAAGUCGUUGCCGUCUCACUCCCACUUAUCUUUCCCUUUCUCUUCUCCGUCCAGCCGUCGCCAUUUCCGAUCAAUUCACUGUCAGGAAAAGGAUAGCCAAAGUAAAACGUAGCUGCUGUAAUUCCUGGCAUUGACACUAGAAAAGGUGUUGGUGAUGGAUUCUCAGCUGCUGUGCUUUAACCGGACCAACUGCUUAGUGUCACCAUACUCUCCUAUUCGAUCUUCAUUGAUUACUGCUCAGGUGCACAAAGGAUUAAGUUUGAACAGAAUAAGGUGUGCAAUGAAGUCUUAUCGGUUAUCUGAACUUACUCGUACAGAGGUUGACAGCUUGAAAGCUCGUCCUCGAAUAGAUUUCUCUUCAAUCUUCAGCAUAGUCAAUCCCAUUGUUGAUGGCGUUCGCAGCAGAGGUGAUGCUGCUGUUAAAGAGUAUACUGCAAGGUUUGACAAGGUCAACUUGGAGAACAUUGUUGAGAAUGUAUCUGAACUUCCUGAGAUGGAGAUUGAUGCAGCUGUAAGGGAAGCAUUUGAUGUGGCAUAUGACAAUAUUUAUGCAUUUCAUCUUGCUCAAAAAGCAGCUGAAAAAAGUGUUGAGAACAUGAAAGGUGUCAGAUGUAAACGGGUGGCAAGGAGCAUUUCUUCUGUAGGUCUCUAUGUUCCAGGGGGAACUGCAGUUUUACCUUCAACAGCUCUGAUGCUUGCAAUUCCUGCACAGAUUGCUGGAUGUAAGACUGUUGUUCUUGCAACUCCUCCAACUCAGGAAGGCAUCAUAUGUAAGGAGGUACUGUACUGUGCCAAAAAGGCUGGUGUCACUCACAUCCUUAAAGCUGGAGGAGCUCAGGCUAUAUCAGCCAUGGCAUGGGGGACAGAAUCUUGCCCUAAGGUAGAGAAGAUUUUUGGACCAGGGAAUCAGUAUGUUACAGCUGCCAAAAUGAUACUUCAAAACAGUGAAGCAAUGAUCUCAAUUGACAUGCCUGCUGGACCUUCAGAAGUUUUAGUUAUUGUUGACAGUCAAGCCAGUCCUGUACAUAUAGCUGCAGAUUUACUCUCGCAGGCUGAACAUGGCCCUGAUAGCCAGGUUGUUCUUGUAAUUGUUGGAGAUGAUGUGAAUCUGAAAGCCAUUGAAGAGGAAAUUAGUAAGCAAUGUCAAAGCCUACCAAGAGGAGAAUAUGCUUCAAAAGCACUGGGCCAUAGUUUCAUUGUAUUUGCUCGUGAUAUGGUUGAGGCCAUCUCCUUUUCAAACUUAUAUGCACCUGAGCAUCUGAUCGUUAAUGUAAAAGAUGCAGAAAAGUGGGAAAGUUUUAUUGAGAAUGCAGGUUCUGUGUUCUUGGGACCGUGGACACCAGAGAGUGUUGGAGAUUAUGCGAGCGGGACAAACCAUGUCCUACCAACUUAUGGAUAUGCAAGAAUGUAUGGCGGGGUAUCCUUAGACUCUUUCCUCAAAUACAUGACAGUACAAUCUUUGACAGAGGAAGGUUUGAGAAACCUUGGUCCGUAUGUGGCAACAAUGGCUGAAGUUGAAGGACUAGAAGCACACAAGAGAGCUGUAACUCUACGACUUCAGGAUAUUGAAGCCAGACAAGUUCACAAUGUGUGAUAAUCUUUUGAGCCCGGAGACCAGUUCUUAAUAUCCAAAUGAUAUUCGGGAAUAGCAUUCUUUCCUGCCUGGCUUAUUCACCUGAAGGCUCCAUCUGUAUCACUGAAUUAAUAUCAGGGCCUGUAAUAUAUGGUUAUUUUCAUGUGUCUCAUCAUACGUAUAGUUGAAAUAACUUGGAAAUUCUUAUAUUCCCUGGAAUUUGAUCUCAUGGAAGGAAUUUUAAAACUUUGUUUGCCAGGGUUUAUGCUUGUGGAUUCCAGUUCCUUUAAUCUUCAUAUUUUCUACACCAGGAAAAGAAAAAAGAAAACGACAGACAUUCGCUUUGCUGA